AUGAACGCAACCACCGUGCCCCAUAAAGCAGCCAUCCAAGGUUCCUUCCGAUCGAAGUCGACCUUGCGAACCUACCAGACCUAUCAAAACCAGUUUGCCAAGUUCUGUAAGGAUGUCAUCGCAAUCGACCCUGCCGGCGCGACACCAGGGGCAUGCACGGACUUUUUUCACCUCCUCUACAGCCUCAGCAAGACUGCCCGUACCGUCGACUCCGCCAAGACCGCGCUAGUCGCCUAUUUCCAAGCACUCAAAGUCGACCCAAACCCUGCCCGGGACGUUGAGUCCAACCAAUACGUAGUUGCCCAUCCACUGUCGGUGUACGAGCUGUCGUUGCUCGUAAACUCACUGGCCUCGCCCCACAUGUUUGUCGGGGCACUGUACCGGUUCCUUCUCUGUGCGAGCUAUAUUGGCUGUUUUCGCAUCAGCGAAAUGCUAAACCUGACGUGA